AUGGUUGAACUUACUGAAAUUAAGGACGAAUCUAACGCAACUGUUGAAAUACCACAAACUGUUCCAUCUGAACCCCUAAACACUGCCGAAACUAAGGAAGCAGUCGCAGAAGAAGAAAAUGAUGAGGAAGAAGAUAGUGAUUUCGAUGAUGAUUUCGAUGAAAACGAAACCUUCUUUGAAAGAAUUGUGGCAUUGAAGGAUAUUGUUUCGCCAAAACAAAGACAAACAGUUUUUGGUUUCUUAACAAACACUACCACUUUUUUCAAGAGUGCAUUUGCCAAAGGUGGAAGUCUAACUUGGGCAUUAACAACAUCUGCUCUAUUACUUGGUGUUCCAUUAUCCCUCUCGAUAUUGGCCGAACAGCAAUUGAUCGAAAUGGAAAAGACUUUUGAUUUACAAAAGGAUGCUAAUGACCUCCUAGGAACAGAGACAUCUGCUCCAGCUCCAGCUGCCUAA